AUGUCGACCUCCUCUGAAGCUCCUAUCCAAUACCUCGUCAAGCAUGACAACUCCAACACCACUGAUGCCGUCACCGGCACAGUGAGCCGAAAGGCCCUCGAGCUUCCCACUCACGAGAGCCGAACCGAGCGCAUCAUCCUCGGCGUGCUCGCCCUCUUCGAAGCCAUCUCCAACCUUCCUUCCCUCGAGCCCAACCCAGACAAUGCCGGUCUCUUCAACCAACUCUUCGACUUGGUCACCAUCACCAAGACCACCCUCACUGAAGAGGAGACCAUCCUCAACGACCCACGAAUCACCGCCAUCGUACUGCCUCUGUGGAAGACCUGGGGUCUGGGCGAGUACAUGCUGGAGCGAGACUUUGCACACCAAAUUCUAGCCGGUAGCUCUCCCGCCGCGGCGUUCCAGAUCUACAACUCCUUCCCAUACAUCGACCAAUACCGUCAACUGGCCCGCAUGGAGGCCAACACCAUCGACACCGCCCUCGGCGAGCUUCAGUUGCCUCCAGUCAAGAAGAUGGCUUUCCUCGGCUCCGGUCCCACUCCUUUCUCAUCAUUGUGCUUCGCUGAGCGCCUGGGUCCGGACGUCCAACUCGUCAACGUCGACCGCAACCCUGAGGCGAUCAAGCUGGGCAGUGCGAUCGUCUCACGCUGCGGCUUCAAGAACAUCUCCCACACACAGGCCGACGUUGCCACAUUAUCCGAGGAGCUACAGUCCUGCGACAUUGUCCACUUCGCCGCCCUGAUCGGUGACACUGCCCAGGAGAAGCGUGACUUGCUCAUCAGCGUUGCGAAGAACAUGCGUCCUGGUUCGUUGAUCCUCCUCCGCAGCACCGACGCCCUAAGAUCUCUGCUCUACCCUCGCAUCGAUGUCGAAGAGGACGAGAUCCUCAAGUUGGUCACUCCGAUCGUCGCCACAAGGUAUUACGGCGCGGCGACGUCGCUGACAGCGAUCAUUGUGUGCGUCGACGGCGUCAAGAAGAACUAG